UCAUCGCGGAGACAGCUCGCGGGUCAGUUCCUUAGUAGCGGGCGCAGCAGACAGGCUGUUAUUUUACGCUUGCUUCUAGGUCUCCCUCUCUUUCUCGCUGUUCUUCAUACAACCUGAGCCUGUUUUCUAUCUUUUUGUGCAUGUGGCAUUUUUUAUGCUUCCGAUCAUUUCUUGCUUGGGAGAAUAACAUACUUCUGUAUCAUCCCCGCUCAUCUUGUACAAGUUUUGUCCCUUUUCUGCUUCUAAUCGGAAUAUUAAACAUUCAAAGCCAAGAACACACCACUGUCUACUUUUGAAGAAUACAAGCUGACUACCCUAUACAAUUGUGAUCUCAGGAACAAUUUAAUCUGAUCAACGACCUUCAUAUACCAGGGUAUAGAUACAACAGGAAAAGCAGCUAGUAAGAAAGUGGAGACCAGACAUCCCAGUCAUAUCCAGAAUAUUUUCAGAAGCUAGAAGAUUACUUUCUAUUUGCUCUUCAUCAAGGAUACGGUAAAAUAUUGUUAGGACUGUUGGAUGGUACUCUAAUAUCCACUGAGGUGCAAACAGAAAAAGAUAAGUCAACGACUUGUUUCUCACUAAGCUGUGUAGAAAUCCAGGAUGUCGCUGAAAGUACAGACCAGCAAUAUCACCAACAAAAACGAUCCCAAAUCCAUCAACUCCAGAGUUUUCAUUGGCAAUCUGAAUACAACGGUAGUCACAAAAUCGGACGUGGAAACUAUUUUUGCCAAAUAUGGCAGGGUGGUCGGAUGCUCAGUUCACAAAGGCUAUGCUUUUGUACAGUACUCCAAUGAGCGGCAUGCAAGAGCAGCAGUCUUGGGUGAAAAUGGACGUGUACUCGCUGGACAGAAACUAGACAUUAAUAUGGCUGGAGAGCCAAAGCCCACCAGACCCAAAGUACUGAAGAGAACCAUAUCUGCAUUAUACAGUGGUUAUGACUUUGACUACGACUAUUACAGAGAUGACUUCUAUGAAAGGUUAUUUGAGUAUCGUGGUCGUAUUUCUCCAGUGCCCAGGGUUGUACCAGUAAAACGGCCAAGAGUAACAGUACCACUGGUCCGGAGAGUAAAGGCAACCAUCCCUGUCAAGCUUCUUGCACGGUCAGCAGUCAUCGCAAACAACUCUUCCAAGUUAAAAUUGAAAAACAAUGAGCUACAAACGAUUAAAUUAGAACUGACACAAAUCAAAUCCAAUAUUGAUGCUCUUCUGGGCAGACUGGACCAGCUUGCCGAAGAACAGAAACCCUCUCAGGAAGACACAAAGAAGGCAGCAGAUGAAAAUAAAGAUGAAAUCUCUCAAGAUGACUCAUCUUCAGAAACAGGAGAAAUCAACACACAAGAACCAUUAAACGGUGAUGAAAAAGAUGAAGUAACACGAAACGAUAGCGAAGAUGACUUGGAGAAUAACCACUACACAGACGAUGCCGCACUACAAUAAACAGGAAGAUACUUAAACAGCAGGGAACAUCAGCAGGAAAGAUCAGGGGAAAUAUAUUGCAGUAGCGCAUGCUGCUAAAGAAGAAAAACCUCAAGGGAUGUCAUCAUCAUAAAGUCAGAAGAAGAUGAUAACAAACUGGACAUGUGUGUGGGCAUUCUAGACCCAUCUGUAAUAUAUCAACUGUUUUCAAAUGGAUUUUUUUCACCUUUAAAAUAACUUGCAAAGUCUUUCUUUUCGUGUGGACUGCAGAUGUCAUCAGCAGUAGAUAAGGACUAUGGUAAAUAAAUUAAGGUGUUCUAAGUUAACAGCUCAAAUCUAAACAUUUUGCAAAAGGAAGAGCAAUGAAACCUACUGGAUUGUAUUUGCUGCUGUGUGGACUCGUUGUAGUACAGUACUUGAGAAGUAAUUUUUUUUUCUGGCAAAUGUUGGCUCCUUUCUUGCUAAGAAGUAUCCAUUUGUAUUAUACGUCUUUUCUGUGUUUCUUGUUUCCUCUGAUUGAAAAGAAAGCUCGUAGAACAUGUUUAAACUUUUGAAAUAAAAAAAUAAUAAUAAUAAAACUCUUAA